GGGGACACACUCUGUGUGUGUGUGUGUGUGUAUUGAUGUGUGUGAGUUAUGUGCAGUGUCCGGAUGGCCGUGUGUGCGCUGUGUGUGUGCUGGUGUGUGUGUGUGAAGGUGUGUGUCGGUGCAGGUCUGGUGGACGCGGUGAGUGAGCGGCGCGCGCAGGACUCACACCGGCGCGAGAGCGGCUCCGUGCUGAGCGGCACCGCGUCACUGAGUCUCACCAUCAUCACCGUCUGGAGCUUCAAACACCGCAGAAUCACCGGGCUGCACGAGACCGGGCUCGCCAUGAUCUACGGGUUGUUAGUGGGCGUGGUGCUGCGCUAUGGUGUAAACACUGAGCAGAACGGCAGUAACGUUACAGAUGUGUGUGUGAUGGAGUCCAGCCCCGCCUCUCUGGUGGUGAAUGUAAGCGGGAGGUUUUAUGAGUACACACUGAGGGGCGAGGUCAAUGAGGGAGACCACGCCCCCAACACUGAGAUCCUCCGCAAGGCCACUUUCGACCCAGAGGUGUUUUUUAACAUUUUACUGCCACCCAUUAUUUUUCAUGCGGGUUACAGCCUCAAACAGAAACACUUCUUCAGGAAUCUGGGCUCCAUCUUAUGCUACGCUUUUGUUGGGACUCUGAUUUCUUCAUUUGUCACUGGGUUGGUGAUGUUCGGCUGCGUGGCGCUGAUGAGCAGACUCGGACAUCUCGCCGGUGAUUUCUUCUUCACUGACUGUUUGUUCUUCGGAGCGAUCGUCUCAGCCACUGACCCCGUGACAGUUCUGUCCAUCUUUAACGAGCUGAAGGUGGAUGUUGAUCUGUACGCACUGCUGUUUGGGGAGAGUGUGCUGAACGACGCUGUGGCCAUCGUACUCUCAUCCUCCAUCGUGGCAUAUCAGCCCUCUGAUGAGAACAGUCACUCGUUUGAUGGCGGGGCGAUGUUGGCGUCCCUUGGGGUGUUCCUCUGGGUCUUCAGCGGCUCCUUCGUGCUCGGCUCAGCUACAGGAAUCCUGACGGCUCUGCUGACAAAGUUCACCCGGCUGAGAGAUUUCCCCCUGUUAGAAACGGCUCUGUUCUUCCUCAUGUCCUGGAGCACCUUCCUCCUGGCGGAGGUCUGCAGCAUCACCGGUGUGGUUGCUGUGUUGUUCUGUGGUAUCACUCAAGCUCACUACACCUACAACAACCUGUCUACAGAGUCCAAAAACCGCACAAAGGAGUUGUUUGAGUUGUUAAACUUCCUGGCAGAGAAUUUUAUUUUCUGCUACAUGGGUGUGACUCUGUUCUCCUUCCAGCAUCAUGUCUUCAACAUUGUCUUCAUCACUGGUGCUUUUUUGGCGAUAUUUCUGGGAAGAGUUGCGAAUAUUUAUCCUCUGUCCUUCCUGCUCAAUCUGGGCCGGAGGAACCGGAUCAGUCAUCGCUUCCAGCACGUCAUGAUGUUUGCAGGACUCAGGGGGGCGAUGACUUUUGCUCUAUCGAUUCGGGACACGAGCAGCUACGCCAGGAAGAUGAUGUUCUCCACCGUACUCAUGAUCGUCUUCCUCACCGUGUGGGUGUGUGGGGGCGGGACCAUGCCCAUGCUCACCUUAAUGAACAUCAGAGUUGGUGUUGAGGAAGACGAGGAGAACUUUCUGGAGGAGUGCCGGAGUGGCCAUGAUUCUGCGAUGCCUUUCAGACUGUGGUACAAAUUUGACCACAAUUAUCUGAAGCCUCUUCUCACCUACACUGAUGACCAGCUCACACACUCCUGCUGCAGUCCGCUGACACACUGCCUCACCACUCAACACUGUCAGCAGCGCCGUGAUGAUGAUGAUGAUGAUUCUGAGCUGAUCCUGAAUAACAGAUCCAGCUUUUUGUACAGUGAACUACGUGACCUCAGUGACCUCAGUGACCCCUCCAUCUCAUCCUUUCAGGACACAACCCAGCAUCGUCUCCCGCCUGAUGAUCUCGAUAAGCCCAUGAUCCAUCAUCUUCCUCCUCUUCCUCUUCCUCCCCUGUCCCCUCACAAUCAGAGCUGCUCUGAUACAGACUGCAGCACUGAUCACAACCUGUCAGGUGUCACUGUGCACUCAUACACUAGCCCUAAGUAGUACACGAACUGUAACCAUGGGAACAGCAAGCUAAAUCACAGGUCACCCUCUAGUGGACAUAUCGGGCACUACACAGCGCUGUCCCCUGUGUAGCGCACUGUAUAUCUGCUAGUUGGGCUUUAGGGACUCAGUUCACCAGGUAGUGUUAUAUAAAGACUCAUGUGCCCUAUGUAGUGCACAGUGUAUUCAGUACGGAGGUGACCAGAUGGGACACGAUCCAGCACAAGCAUGAAAUAAGAUAAAACUUACAGAAAUGUCCUCACUCAUUGUUCCUGUUAUUCCACAUGGUCAUUUCCUGUAUUCACAUAACCUACACGCAAGCAUUUCCUUAAGUUAUUGAAAUCUGUUUUAGUUUGAUGGAAAUUGUGUC